CAUUUUGGAAGUUGACUCAAAAAAAUUCUCAUUUAACCCAAUAGUACCACCGUGACGACAGUAUCAAAAAAUAAACCCCAAAACCCCAGAGUUAACACUCAACCGCAGUCUUACGACAGCAACGACGGUGAUGAUUCAUGUGUUCUUCUACACACACAUCGUCCCUCUUCACACACACACACACACACUAAACCAUUGAACUCAACUCGUGAAUUACUUCUCUGAUCAUUAGCUCAGCCACACACCAAUGGAUGCACAUACACCCUUCGCAAACAACAAGCGUCCAUUCGACCACACCACCGUUGACCGGUCCGACCCCCACCUUACACCGUCCUCCUCCACCAAACGCCGCCACCACCCUCUCCCAUCCUCACCGGCCACACCACAAUCCACCAUCAAUAACCCCUUCCGAAACCCUAUCAAAUUCUCAUCUAACGAAACCGUAUUCCGUAUCCUCUGUCCCGCUUCAAAGACCGGCGGUUUAAUCGGCAAAGGCGGUGCAAUCAUCCGCCAGUUUAGAGAAGAAACCGGUGCCAGAAUUCGCAUCGAUGAGCCGAUUCCCGGUGCCGAUGAGCGUGUGAUUCUCAUAGCAGCCGCUGACUCUAACCCUAACCCUAACUCUAACCAUAAGAGUAAGAAUAAUGUUAAUAGUAAUGAUAAUGACAACAAUAAUAAUAGUAAGAAUGAGGAGUGUGAGGGUGAGGGUUUAGGAGGUUUAAGUUGUGAAGAAUCGGUUGCUCAGAAUGCAUUGGUUAGGGUUUUUGAGAGGAUAUUGAAGGUGGAUGAGGAAAGGAGUAAAAUGGGGAAGGAGGAGGGGGAGAAUGGUGAGGAUAAUGCAGCGGAUGGGAGCGGUGGAAUACCGCAGGGACCGGUGGUGUGUCGGUUGUUGGCGGCGAGUCAUCAGAUUGGAUCUGUGCUUGGGAGAGGUGGGAAGAUUAUUGAGAAGAUUAGGCAGGAGAGUGGGGCUCAGGUUCGGGUUAUGCCGAAGGAUCAGCUUCCGGAGUGUGCGUUUCCGGGAGAUGAGUUGAUUCAGAUGGCUGGAAAGUUUGUAGCCGUAAAGAAAGCUUUAUUAUCCGUAUCAAGUUGUCUUCAAGAAGCAGGCAAUUCUGGCAGUAACAGACCUAUGGGAAUCGCGCCUCAUGGAUACGGCGGUGAUCACCACCACCGAAUGGGCAUGGAAGAGGAAAUUGUUUUUAGACUACUGUGUCAUGCUGACAAAGUUGGAAGUUUAAUUGGUAAAGGUGGGUCCAUCAGAAGAGCACUACAGACAGAGACCGGUGCAUCUAUAAAAAUUGCUGAUCCAUCACCUGAUUCGGAUGAACGAGUGGUUGUUAUAUCUGCACGUGAGAGUUUAGAGCAAAGGCAUUCUCCGUCACAAGAUGCGGUUAUGCGGGUCCAUGGUAGAAUCGUUGAGGCUGGGUUUGAAUCCGGUGCAGCCAUCGUUGCUAGGCUUCUAGUGCACUCACGGCUGAUUGGGUGUAUAUGGGGUAAAGGCGGCAUGAUUAUUAACGAGCUCAGAAGACUUACUGGUGCUAGCAUACACGUUUUUCCUAGAGAACAGGUUGCAAAAUAUGGUAUGCCCAGUGAUGAAGUUGUGCAGGUAAUUGGUAGCUUACAGUGUGUUCAAGAUGCUUUGUUUCAAAUCACAGGCAGACUUCGUGAAACCUUUUUUCCAAUGAAACCAUAUUUUCCAAACGGUCACAUGGGCCCGCCGUAUCUAGAAAUGCCACCACCUUCUUUUCGGCCUAGACAUGAUCCUGCUUAUUCACCAGUCGGGCCUUUUGAACCACCUCCUUUUUCACACGGUGGGGACCAUUUUCAUCCAAGUUAUUCGCACCCUUACGGCAAUGAACGGCCAGGAUACGGUCCCCCCUUCAGCAGGCAGUCUGAGCCAGCAAGCAACAUGCAUGCAGGUGAAAUUAGUGAGUAUGAAGGUCGUGUAACAAAGGUUAACGAUCCAGCUGCAAGGAAUGAAAGCAUAACUGUUGAGAUGACAAUUCCUCAAAGUUUGUUAGCGUCUGUAUAUGGAGAGAACAAUAGCAACUUGGGCCAUAUAAAAGAGAUGUCGGGUGCAAAGGUAGCGGUGACAGAAGGAAAAGCGGGAAUCGUGUUGUCGGGUACUUAUGAUGAAACUCAAACAGCUCAGUGCCUGGUUCAUGGAUUCAUCCGUUGUGAACAGCAUCUCACCCCUGUUGGUUUGUGAUUACAAGUAUUUCAUUACAUACAAAAUGAAGCAAGAAGACUAGCUUUUUUAACGAACGAGUUUUGUUUUGUUCUUUUUAUUUUCAGUAUCUUGUAAAAUAAUUAUUCUAAAGCAAAUUGUUAGUUAUUCUGUUGGUUUUUUUAAAUGGGAAGUAUCUAGUAAAAUAAUUAUUCUAAAGCAAA